GAGCCGAUCGAGUCUUGCUUGUUCCGCAACAACAUCGUAGAAGGAGAUCGAGGAAGGGUUGGGGAGGAGGGUGGAAGAGCACGAGGCGGUGAUGAUCUUGACCGGCGGGUUAGAGGAUGUCGUCGGGAAGGGGGCAGGCAUAGUAGACUGCGACGCCUGCGGGUCUACCUUUGGAAUAUUCAUCACCGGGGUUGUGGUUGGCAGACUAGAUGUCGAUGCCGAAGGAAUCAUCGGUGGAAUGGUGGGCAUCACCGAUGAUGGGGCCGACAAGAAGGCGAUUGUGUUGAAGAGCACGAGUGAGGAGGUCCGUGAGGGACAUGGGUGGCGCAGAGGCAAGGGCGGAUGUGAUGUCCUUGCGGCAGACCCACUUGAAGCGGGAAAUGAAGACAUUGUCGCUGAUCUAGUCGUGGGGAAUGUUUUGGCAGAGAGUACGAACAUAUUGGACGAAGCGGUCGGUGGGGCCGUUUUGGCGAAGCCUGCAAAACUGGUCGACGUAGUUGUCGAUUGUCUUUUGCGGGUGGAAGGUGGCGGAGAGGAGGGAGGUUCGCUCGAGAAAGGAGAGGGGAGGAAGACCAGCGGAGUGUUGGUUGGCAGAUUCGGUGAUCCACCAGCGAUGGGCGGUGUCAACAAGUUUGUUGACAGCAAUGGAGAGCCAGUGGAUAAGGGGGACGUUGUGGAGUUCGAGAGCUUGUUAAAUGCAGAAAAGCAGUUCAAUCUUGAUUUCCUGCACAUCCCCAUAAGCGGUCAUGCGAUCAGAGAGAGCAUAGAUAGUUGUUUUCAUGUCGGUGAGGGAUGUUUGGACGGUUGUUUGUACGGUGGAGAGCAUGUGGAGGAUGGUCGAGAGGUCUGUGACGAUGGCGGAGUCGGCUCGUUGUUCGCCUACAAGUUCACGGGCGAGAUUGCCGACAAACUGGGUGUGGAUGGGGGACAUGUUGUUAUUGGAAGACUCAACCAUGGGGGUGGUGGGAAGGAUGCGGCUGUGGCGGCGAUGGCAGCAGCUGAAGUGGCAGCAGUGGAUGGUGCGGUUGCGGCUUCAGCAGCUUUGCGCGAGGUGUUGGUUUGCGUCAAUAGGCUCAAGUUCUGGCAUUUUGAACCAUCCGAUGGCCACGACGAUGCGACACCUGAAGAGCAGCAAAAGGAGUUUUUCUCCAAACUCGUGGCCCGAUUGGUUUACACUUGUAACCACCUGCAGUCCGAGUUAGAGAAACAACAUCAGGAACUGGCGAAUCUACGAUGGGCAGUGUGGAACCACAAGGAUCUGCACGAGGAUGCUACACGGGCACUUCAUUCCCAUGUACAAGACUUGGAGCAAGCAGCACCAGGAGCAGAUACUGGCGAACCCAACAAUGCAGCCUCAACCCGCCAGUUGGAGCAACGAGUUGACCAUGUCGUCGCAAUGCUCGACGACAUCAGCACCUUCAUUGCACCAACCACCAUCAACGAGCAGCUCGACACCUUGAAGACCGACGAGUUGCCAUUUUUGCAUCUGCUCCGGGAGUUCUACAACCGGUCGUGUGCCACCUUGAGCCUCGCACUCGAUGAUCGAGAACAGUACACGACCUUCGCCGAAAUCAUCGACAAGGCGCGUGAGAUCAUCAAGACCAACCGGGCGGCUGCACACAAGAAGUCAGCGUGGCAGCCAACCCAUGUGGAAAAAGGAAAAUUGGGUCCGCGUCCGCAGCCCGUUGCUGCAGUCCAACCGGACAACAUUGUGGAAGACCCGGUAGCCACCCCAGCAUCACGUGAAGGAGAUCAGGUGGCCGCUGUCUAGUCGUGAAGUAACAACAACUCCCGUGGAAAAGGGAAGGCGAAAACCGCAUCGC